AUGAUCCUGGGCGGUGUUGUGAUGAUAACGUGCCUUGUGGUUGUCACUCUGACCAUCCUUGAGCUUCAGGCCAAAGGCCAAUGGCUUCAGUGCACUUAUGAGACGGACGCCACAAACAAUGCAAACGGUACUUUCUUGGCUUUGAGAGGACCCACUGCCUUAGGCAAGAACUCGUUGAAAAGUCUAGGAAGGCGCGAUUUGGACAAGCGUGUCCUCGAAAUUGAGUGGCGUGUGCAGUCCGCCGGCCACUUGGGCUGGUUGUUUGGGGCUGAGCAUUCCCUGAUCGUUGCGCACACAGCUGAUGGCAGCUACGUCUUCGAGAAGCUGAGCCAUUUGAACAUUGAUGUGUCUCGACUCAUUGGGCGUGAGCCUUGUCCACCAGGGCGUCUUCAUGCUGUAGUUUCUCCGCAUGAGCUUCGCAGAUGCAUCAGCUUGAGUGAUCUUCGGUUCCAGCUCUUGGGCGACAUGCGCUUCAACCUCAUGACCAAAAACUGCCACCACGCCAGCGCUCGGCUUUUCCAUUGGGCAGGCCCCAACAUGCAGGUGCCGAGUCUCCCGAACAAGCGCUGGGCCUACAUUUUCCAGAAAGCCAGGUCGAAGUCUCCCUCAUGGCUGCAACCGUUUUUCCAUCCUCCUGUCCAGGACACCCGGCGCUUGCAGAAGUGGACCGGCAGAUUGGAGAGAGAUCCGGCUCCUCCCUCUCAGUCCGCUACAGCAAAAAGUAGCGUGAGCACGCCUACCGGGUUCUGGCGGUCUCAUCCGGACUCUCGCGCAGCUAGCAGUCACAGAACCAGCCCUCCAGGAUUGUGCUCGCUCUCUGCAGUGCUCUCGUCCAGGUACGGUGUCAGCCCGUCAUCGUAUCAUCCGGCCCAGAGUCCGAGUCAGACGGUCGUGAUCAGGGAUGACUUCCUUACAGACCUCGACGUCGUGCAGCUGCUCCCUGGCAAUGCAGAGUGGAGCUCCUGUGGUCAUUUGCCAAUGUAUGCAGGUUGGCCUUCGGAUGCAUUCAAGUACUUCUUGAAUAGCCGUUCUUCUUCCGACAUCAAGAGGGAUUCGCGUGAAACGGCUUCUUCCGGUUGCAUUGGCAGUCUGUGGGUAUCUUGCUCCCUCAGUACCGUCCGUGCCAGCGAGAGGGACUCCUCGUGCGGUUCCCACAGUUCCGGAGGCCCUCUUUGGUUCAGCAGUUGUGCUGCCUCGGGCAGUGACUGCCACAGCUCAUCACCAUAUCCUCACUGCGUGCACGGAUGGAUGGAUGACGAUGGUGCCGCGAUGUCUCAUGCUGUGUGUGGAGCUUCAGGACCAGCUGCAGGGGGCGCAGCGUGGGAAGGAUGCCUCUGUGCAGGCGCCUUCUGCGCAGCGACGCUGCAUUGUGGGGAGCACGGAACUCCAAUCCCAGCCGGGAGCUCGGGUCCCUAA